GUACAACAUUUAGGUGUUUGUGAUGGACGUAAUAAACAAAAUCUUUCCUUUGCAUUCAGCAUGGGCAACUGCUAUCGAACAGAUCCCAUUAAAGACUGGCGUUGAUGGCACCGGUAUGAUUUAUGGAGAGGAAAAAAGUGGAAAGACGUCGCUGCUGUUCCAGUAUGCAGUCACAUGUGCUUCUCACGGACAGAAUAUACUCUUCAUCUGCAAGGAGAAGCUAGCGACAAUGCCCUUCCCUGUUCAUGGCAUGCCUGCCCCACAGCAUGAGCUGCUUAAGCUAGUCAAGAUCAUGUACAUGUCGUCUGCAGUGGAUCUUAUACAGCACCUAGCUAGCAUACACAAAUCUCCUGUUAGUCCAGCGGUGCUUGUGAUAGAUGACCUUGACUUCUUCGCUAGACAGUUCAAGACUGACACUGACAGUCAGAGUUUCUCACGGCUCUGUGCCGCACUGGUAGACUCUGGCAAGUUCAUGGCCCAUAGGAACAAGACUCGGUGUCAAGUGUUGGUCUCUGCAUCAGACCUCAACAAGCAACAAGUCGACACUGCGAGGCAGUUCUUCAAGUCACUGUGGAUGACAGAAGAUGUAAACUAUAAAAAAUAUCUGUAUCGUCUCCACUUGGACCUCGGUUUUGACCAGUCUACGCCACUGGAAGAGCGAGGAAACACAAUGCGAUGGUUAUUCUUCAAGUAUUACAUACAAAAUGAAAAGUUGUUUCUGGACUGCAUGGUGUCUGAGCAGCUACCAGGGGCCGCCACCUCUCGGAGCAAGGCCAAAACGAAAGCCUCUUCGUCCGCUACUCAAAAACAACAGGAAGUGAACCCGGUAGCUGCCAUGGCAGGAAGCACAAAUGUAUACACACCUAACUCACAGACUGUCUCUGUCACAUAUGCGCCUCAGAAUGAGGGUGAUGCCAUCGUGUAUAUCCCUCAGAGAGAGGCUGCUCCCAUGGCAUAUACACAACAACAAGAUCAGGGUACUACUAUUGCAUAUGUCACCAGUCGAGACGGAGUGGCAGUGACUUAUGCGCCGACAAUGAGAGAAGGGACGAGCGUUGUGUUUGUACAAAAAACUGACAUGAUGGGUGAUCAGGCAACAUAUAUACCGAUGGCGAUGCCAAGAUAAAAUUACACAAUGUUUAAUCUUUAUAGAUAGCGAUAAUUAUAACAUGGAUGUGAAUUUGUAUUUAAACUGGUUUCUCUUCUGCUUCCUUUUCUCUUUUUGUUUGUGAUUGCCGGUAUCUAAUCUAAGAGAUUUACUCUUUUCAUCAAUUGCCACUUUUAAUGAUUCUGUGGAAGCCAUAUGCUGCAGUAGUUUUAUUGUGCUUUAUGUUUGCUGUGUAAAACUAUUUUAACAUCUCAGAUGUUGUUACUAGCGCCAGCAGAAAUGGAUUACAUAUUAGAGCAUUACUUUGAAGCGAAUGAGUAGUUAAAAAGAUAUUAUACAGGCAGGGUAUGUGAAUAUUUUGAUACCAGUGCAUGUUUGCUAGUUUGGUAGUCCACAAGGCCGGAACUUACAAGUGCGGUCACUAAACCUAUCCUGAAAUAAACAUAGGAUUCACUAGAUGGAGAGGAAUAUUCCAUGUAUUGGACUGAGUGUGCGUCUGGUGCUCGAUAGGUAAUCAGGGAAAUGGUAAAAUGCAGUGCCUAUGUUGUAAACUGCUUUCCAGGCUUGAAAUGAGAGGGAAAAGAAUUGUAUAUGUUAUGCGACAAAUAAUAAUAGUGUUGUAGUAAAGGGCACCAACUUGAUUGCGUAAUAUUAGCCAAAUUGAAAUCAAUUGUGUUAUUAUAGAAAUCAGUAAACUAGCAAAAGGUCACGAGAUUAGAAAGUAGGAAAAUAUUGUCUUUGAUUUUUAUUGUUGUCAAAUCAGGAAAUCCUGAUGAACAACAGUGAUUAUAUAUAUUUAGCUAAGGUGCCAUUAUUAUUGUUGAAAAAUAGUAUAUGACAAACAGCUCUUGUAUGUGGCUGUAUGUAAAUGUGUACAUACAUUGUAUCUAGGGUAAUGACUAGAGCGGAUACAGAAGUUGCAUCUUAGCCUGUCGGUGGAUAAUCAAGACGUUUGUACCUAUAAUAGCAAGUCGUUUCGUUUCAUAUGGUAAAUACAAACACAUUUCCGUAGCGAUAACUUCGUGUCGCGUGCCUUCUUGCCCACACAGUGUGCCCUUCCUCAAGAUUGUGUCAUGCUAGAGCUCUACAGAACUAGUUACAUAUUGUACUAGUGACACUAUAGUAUUUGAUCUACUAGUUAAUAUCAUAUUGAAUAUGACAAAAUACGAGUAGGUGUAAACGAGCGAGCUAAAUUAGUUUGACGUGUGGAUUAGGAGUAUUAUAUAGAUGUAAAUAAGGCAGACUUCUUUAUUUUCUAGUUUCUUGACUUUCUUCAUGGUGUGUUGGUAACGUUGAGAGGUAUUCGAGAGUAUUUCAACUAAACAGGGUUUAUCUUGUUCCACGUAGCAAGCGUCGAUGCGCCCAUCUCUGAAAAAUAGUAUCGGCUAUUAUAACCGGCGCAAACACGGUCUUGAUACCUGUGCAAAGGUAGCGCUCUAUUGUAUUUAUUUUAAUUGGCAGAUAAGCGAAGGUCAAUAGCAUGCCCUUCACCACGAUAUCUUAUACGUACGACACUAGACAUCGAGCCGUGCAUUCUCGGGUGUUCUUUAUCAUAUAACGAGUGCAAUGUGCAGUGAGUAUAAACCAGAUCAAGAGUAAAUAAAGUUGUUUUUAUUCACUCCUGACCAGAUGAAUAAAAUAGUGGCGGGUGAUAUCAUG